AUGGCCCCACUGCGCGACAAUCUCACCGUCGGCACGCGCGUCAUCGUCGCACAGGACGCAGACCUGCGCGGAGAGAUCUCGGUAGGCAGUGGCACUGUCAUCCACCCCAAGGCAACCAUCCUCGCACUGCAAGGUGCCAUCUCGAUCGGCUCGAACUGCAUCAUCGAAGAGACGGCCGUGAUUGUCAACCGCAGAUCGGCACCCAUCAAGAUUGGCGACAACAACCUGUUCGAGGUGGGCUGUCGCAUCGAGGCGGCAUCCAUUGGAUCGUAUAAUGUGUUUGAGGUGAGGAGCAAGGUGGCAUCGAAUGUGGCGAUCGGAUCGCACAGUGUUGUAGGAGCCGGGUGCACUGUGUUGCCCAAGCCGAUAGCCGAUGGUCAGCUGGCUGGCAUCUUUGAUGACGAUGAGAAGGAGGAGAGGGACGAUCAGCAAGAAGGAGAAGCGAAGGAAGGAGAGGGUGCAUCGACAGAGAGUGGUUCAAUUAGAGCAAGAGGGGAAGAAGUGUUUGAAGAGCUUCCAGAUCAAACGGUAGUUUUCGGUGCAGACAACAAGAGGCGACUCUGGAGCGGUGAGGGUGCACAGCAGCAAGCGGCUCUACACGCAAAGCACCUCGAAUAUCUUCGCGAUGCUAUUCCGCGCGUGCACAAGCUCAAGAUCAUCCAGGGAGUGCGAGCUCCUCCCGCAACAGCAGCUGCUCCUGCGAGUGGCAGUGCGGCAAGCACGGUGUAA